CCACCCCAUCCCAAAUGAAAAUAACAAUUCGUUUUUCCUCUCUCUCUGUCUCUCCGAGGGGUUGGAGUUCCGAUUGAAGAGUUGAAUUUUGUUGGUGGCGAUGGGUAACACAUCCUCCAUGCUCACACAAUACGACAUUGAAGAGGUUCAACAACACUGCAAAGAAGCAUUUACGCAGCAAGAGAUCGUUUCUCUAUACGAGAGAUUUUGUCAGCUUGAUCGUAACAACUGCGGUUUCAUUCCUUCUGAUGAAUUCCUCUCCAUUCCCGAAUUCGCCGUCAAUCCUCUCUCUCAGAGCUUGUUGAGAAUGCUGGAUGGCUUGAACUUCAAGGAAUUUAUAGCCUUCUUGUCUGCUUUCAGUCCUCGUGCCACUCUCCAACACAAAAUUGAAUUUAUUUUCAAGGUAUAUGAUACGGACUGCAAUGGAAAAGUUACCUUCCAAGACAUGUUGACGGUUUUGAGGGAUUUGACUGGACAAUAUAUGUCUGAAGAUCAAAGAGAGGAAGUUCUGGCACAGGUCCUUGAGGAAGCUGGCUAUACAAAGGAUUCUUUCUUAGUCUUGUCUGAUUUCAUGAAGAUUCUUGGAAAUUCGGAUUUGAAGAUGGAAGCUGAGGUUCCUGUCGAUUAGAAUGAAGAUAGCAAUUGCCCUAGAAUAUAAUAUACCCAAAAAACCUCUCAGUCAUGCCUUACUUUGGGUGUGACGAUUGAGAUUCUUGAUUCUGGUAGUCUUUUCUUCCUUAGUCGAUGAUAGAGUAUUUGUUGAUUGCAUAACAAAAAUUUGAGUGAUAAAAGUUUUAAACAAUUGUGUUCAGAGCUGUUUAUUUCUAUUUAGAAAUAAAGUUUGAAGUAAAUAUGAGUUUUUUUGCGGCUAGUGUUUCAACUAUA